AUGGCCUUCAACAUCACAUCUACCCUGCUCUGUGUAUCCUCGGCCACGGAGACCGUCCACAUCUUCAAACUUGGACCGCAAACCAGCCGAAUCCCGGAAGACGGUGAUGAACUGAGUCAAGGAAGUGACACUCUGCACGACAAAGCCGCCGUGGACGAGGAAGACGGAGCAGAAUCACCCACUACUCUCGCCAAUCGCAAACCCAAUGGGACGUUCAUGGGCUUGCUUCGACGAACUUCUCAGCAUGUGGGAAUCAACCUCGCCUCAACGGUCGGCGGGUAUCUCCCAAAAGGGGUAGCCGAGAUGUGGGAACCAGCACGAGAUUUUGCUUGGAUCCGACUCCCCCGGUCAAGUUCUGGGACAGCACCCAGCCAGUUGCGAAGCGUGGUAGCCAUGAGUAAGAAUUCGCCACAAGUGAUGGUUGUCACCAACGAAGGCAAUUUCUACGUUUUCAGUAUUGAUUUGGCCAAAGGGGGGGAGGGAUCCUUGACGAAGCAAUACUCGGUCCUUGAUAUCAACGACAAGAUGAGUGCCUUCGGGAUGGAUUAUUAA